GGGUAAAAUGAUUGUGAGUUUACAUUAAUAUUUGUGUGUGUAGCAUAGCUUCUAAAAGCGGGGUUUAUAUGAAUGAACAGGUAACAUGGUUAAAAUGAACAAUCCGGUAGGUGGCGACAAAAACCUGCGUGUUUACACUGAUUGGUUGUUGAGAAGUUCGUUUGAAUGAAGGGGGCGGUGUUUUACUCUCCGAGCCAUAUAAAAUCCCACGGUUGUAUUUUUGGGACACGGCCUGAUCAGUCCAUGGACUGUAAAGUUUGAAUGUUUGUUUUUCCUGUAAAGUGUAAGUGCAUCGAUAGAUUAAACUACUGUAGGACAACUAUUACAAACAUACAGAGAAAUAAAAAUGCUUUGCCAUAUCACGCGACCGGACUCGAUGGUGAUGGAGGUGGAUGUUGAUUCGAAGGCUAAUGGAGAGGACUGUUUACACAAGGUCUGUCGGAAACUGGGAAUAAUAGAGGUGGAUUACUUUGGGCUUCAGUUCUGUGGAAGCAAAGGGGAGAGUUUGUGGUUGAAUCUCAGGAACAGGAUCUCCCAACAGAUGGAUAACCUGUCUCCCUGCAGACUGAAGCUCAGAGUCAAGUUCUUUGUGGAACCCCAUCUGACCCUGCAAGAACAGACAAGACAUAUGUUCUUCCUGCACAUAAAGGAGGAGCUGGACAGUGGCAGCCUGCAGACGGAGGCUGAGCAGGCCAAGGAGCUGUGUGCCCUCCUAGCCCAGGCUGAGUACGGAGACUACAACCAGAACACAGCCAAGUACUGCUCCAGCCAGAUCUUCAGACAGGAGCCUGACCUGGCAACCAUCAACAGCAUCCAGGAGAAGCACCGUGAGCUAGAGGGUCUGAGCCAGGCGUCAGCAGAGUACCAGGCCCUACAGCUGGUGUCCUCCCUGGAGAACUACGGGGUGGAGUGGCACUGGGCCAGGGACUCAGAGGGACAGAGGCUGGCUAUAGGGGUCGGCCCUGAAGGGGUAUCUAUCUGUCAGGAGGACUUCACCCCCACCAACAGGAUCAUUUAUCCCAUCAUCCAGAUGGCCACCCAGUCAGGGAAGAAUGUGUACAUGACCAUCACUAAGGACAGUGGUGAGGAUGUGGCCCUGCUGUUUAAGAUGACAAGCACCAGAGCUGCCAGCGGCCUGUACCGGGCCAUCACAGAGACCCACGCCUUCUACAGGUGUGACACGGUGACGAACGACGUGAUGAUGCAGUACAGCCGUGACUUCAAGGGUCACCUGGCGUCUCUCUUCCUCAACGAGAGCAUCGACCUGGGCAAGAAGUAUGUCUUCGACAUCCGACGCACCUCCAAGGAGGUCUACGACCACUGCCGCAGGGCGCUCUACAACGCCGGCAUGGCAGGGGACUGUGUGUCCGGCGAGCAGAGCCCGUCGCGGUCCCCUGGGGUGGGGGAAGGAGGCUGUGAGGGGUGCCAGAGGAGCCGGGUUCUGGAGGAGAAGCUGCAGCAGCUCCAGGAUGCUCUGCUGUGUAUGCUGUGCUGUGAAGAGGAGAUGGACGCUGCCUUCUGCCCGUGUGGACACAUGGUGUGCUGCCACAACUGUGCUGUCCAGCUAGAGGUGUGUCCGGUGUGUCGGUCAGAGGUGGACCAUGUCCAGCACAUCUACCUGCCCACCUGUGCCAACCUGCUGUCCCUGGCAGUGAGCAGUGCUGCCCCCUUCAAUAUUCCCAGAGACCUGGCCACUCACCUCUGUUCCUCCAGAGAGUUCUACACCAGCACAGACCAGAUCUGUCACACGUAGAUUUACUUCCAAAUAGCUAUCAUUGCUAUCAUUGCUAACGUUAGCUAGCUAAAAUCUGGAGGUCUCCCCUCAAUCUUAGCUAGCUGGCUAACGUUAGCUAGCUAAAAAUCUGGAGGUCUCCCCUCAAUCUUAGCUAGCUGGCUAACGUUAGCUAGCUAAAAUCUGGAGGUCUCCCCUCAAUCUUAGCUAGCUGGCUAACGUUAUACUGCAUCUAAAGUUAAUCUGGCGACAUCAAAAUGAUGAAAAAAGGUUUUCCUACUAGCUAUUUGCCGCCUUUAGAAAUGUCAUUGUGUUUUCAAGCCACAGUAAUAAACUUUAGACUGAAUAUUCAUCAGCCCCCAAUGAGGAUGCAUUGAGUAGAAUGUUCAGUUGGGCAUCAGUCCUAAAACAAACCUUCAAAACAAUAUUGUGAAGCAACGUGCAAACCAUAAAUACCAGGGGUAGUGCUGUAGUAGUAUACCAGUAGUAGUGCUAUAGUAGUAUACCUGUAGUAGUAUACCAGUAGUAGUGCUGUAGUAGUAUACCAGUAGUAGAGAUGUAG